CCGAGUAGGCCGGGGGAGGCGGCGGUGGGCGCGACGUCGGCGGCGGCGGCGGCGGCGGCGGCGGCAGCUGCAAGUUGGGCUGCAGGGGCAGCGCAUACACUACAAUGGCUGCUGGAAAGAGGCGUAAGGAAACAAUUUCCAGGCCCGCCGCGUCCAGCCCGAAAUAUGAGAAAAAAAUUAUUAGAAAUUCCGCGGGCGGUGUAAAGGCGGCGGACGGGCCGGAGGGAGGAUGUUAAAGCCCCGCGGUUGCCUCUUGGUGCUGCCUUGGCUGUGUUUGGCACCCAGAAUGCUUCAUUUUAUCACAGUCUGUUAAUAAGGUUGCCUUGCUAGAGUUUGGAGCAGGGCCUCAGAUUGGCCAAAAUGGGAAGGUUUGGAUUCCACUCUCUUCCACGAAGAGUUAAUGGGACUGGCUAAGAUCAAAAUCUGAGACUUUUUCCAUCUGCAGUCAGUCCCCUUUUGCUUUCUUUUACGACCACAUGAAACUUGAGAAGCCACCUAAAGCUAUAUCAUUUAGUGGAGUUGGGCAGUUCCCAAGUGUCCAACAAGAAGGCCUGGUUUAGGCUGCGAUGGCCACUGUCAUUCCUGGUGAUUUGUCAGAAGUGAGAGAUACCCAGAAAGUCCCAUCAGGGAAACGUAAGCGUGGUGAAACCAAACCAAGAAAAAACUUUCCUUGCCAACUGUGUGACAAGGCCUUUAACAGUGUUGAGAAAUUAAAGGUUCACUCCUACUCUCACACAGGAGAGAGGCCCUACAAGUGCAUACAACAAGACUGCACCAAGGCCUUUGUUUCUAAAUACAAAUUACAAAGGCACAUGGCUACUCAUUCUCCUGAGAAAACCCACAAGUGUAAUUAUUGUGAGAAAAUGUUUCACCGGAAAGACCAUCUGAAGAAUCACCUCCACACACAUGACCCUAACAAAGAGACAUUUAAGUGUGAAGAGUGUGGCAAGAACUACAACACCAAGCUUGGGUUUAAACGUCACUUGGCCUUGCAUGCCGCCACCAGCGGGGACCUCACCUGUAAGGUGUGUUUGCAGACUUUCGAAAGCACGGGAGUGCUGCUGGAGCACCUUAAAUCGCAUGCAGGCAAGUCAUCCGGUGGGGUGAAAGAGAAGAAGCACCAGUGCGAGCACUGCGAUCGCCGCUUCUACACCCGCAAGGAUGUCCGGAGACACAUGGUGGUGCACACUGGAAGAAAGGACUUCCUCUGUCAGUACUGUGCACAGAGAUUCGGCCGGAAGGAUCACCUAACUCGACAUAUGAAGAAGAGUCACAAUCAAGAGCUUCUGAAGGUGAAAACGGAACCAGUGGAUUUCCUGGAUCCAUUUACCUGCAACGUGUCUGUGCCUAUAAAAGAUGAGCUCCUGCCGGUGAUGUCCUUGCCUUCCAGUGAACUGCUUUCAAAGCCAUUCACCAACACUCUGCAGUUAAACCUCUACAACACUCCAUUUCAGUCCAUGCAGAACUCGGGAUCUGCCCACCAAAUGAUCACAACUUUGCCUUUGGGAAUGACAUGCCCCAUAGAUAUGGAUGCUGUUCAUCCCUCUCACCACCUUUCUUUCAAAUAUCCAUUCAGUUCUACCUCAUACGCAAUUUCGAUUCCUGAAAAAGAACAGCCAUUAAAGGGGGAAAUUGAGAGUUACCUGAUGGAGCUACAAGGUGGGGCACCCUCCUCAUCCCAGGAUUCCCAAGCGUCAUCCUCUUCCAAGCUAGCCUUGGAGCCUCAAAGCGGGUCCCUCGAAGAUGGUGCAGGGGAUCUCGCCCUGUCCAAAAGCUCAAUCUCCAUCAGCGACUCUCUCAACACACCAGCCUUGGAUUUUUCUCAGUUGUUUAAUUUCAUACCAUUAAACGGUCCUCCGUAUAACCCUAUAUCUGUGGGGAGCCUUGGAAUGAGCUAUUCCCAAGACGAAACACAUUCUUCUGUCUCCCAGCUCCCCCCACAAACACAGGAUCUGCAAGAUCCUGCGAGCACUCUAGGCCUUGGGUCUCUGCACUCGCUCUCUGCAGCUUUCACCAGUAGCUUAAGCACAAGCACCACCCUGCCACGUUUCCACCAAGCUUUUCAGUAGGAUCCCCCAGUGGGGGGUUUAUUAUGGAUGUGUAGCCCUUGCCUUAGAGGAUUUUUUUUUUUAGUGCCUACUUUUAAAGACAGUAUAAAAGUUUCUGCUUUGUAUGAUACCAGUUUUCAUUAAGCCAGUAUAAGGUAGAAACUAGCUUUUUAAAUGAGCUUUGGAACCAUUUGUGUUCAGUUAUGUUUACCUGGGUUUUUUUUGGUCCUGAUUCACUGCCAAUUGUCAUAUUUUAUGGAUUUUAUUUCAUGUAGGAAAGCCAUUAUUACUAAAAAGUUUUGCAGAUCCCAUGUUGAAAUUACUUUCAGAUCUUAAAAUUUCCUUUUUGUUCCCAAUAACAGUGGCUCUACUUUUUCACAUUUGGCUUCUUACAUUUUUUGCAUUAGAAUGUAAAUUUUAUAAAAUCUAUGUGAAUAACUCAAGAGUUAAAUAAUUUUUACUAGCCUCUGAAUGGAUUCCUAAUCAAGUGUUUCGGGUGAAUGAAGAAUCCAGUUUGGGGCAAUAACACCAUAAUUUCAGAUCAGUAUAUUUUGAAGCCUUGCUAUUGUCUGGUUAAAAUAUUUACUGUCUUUAUUAUAAACAUAUAAGGAAAACAAAACCUAAAUACAAAGCACCAGUAUUCAUAGCAAAAAGAGACUCCUAGUAAGGUAACAUGACUUUCCAUGUUAGUAGUUGGCCCUAACUUAGAGUACACAGGAUAUUUUGUCAUUUUCAACCUUAGCUUACUGUCUCUCCAUUUAGUAAAAUUAAUAUUGUAUCACAUCACAAUCAGUGUAUACAUAGAUCUCUUUUCAUCUUUUCCAGCUUUUGCAGCUGAAGGUUGGAUCAGGUGCACAAGCAGUCUUACUCAGAUUGAUGGUUCUGUCAGUAGGGAAUCUAGAGCCAUUAUGGUGCUUGGGACAGUAGGUGUGUGAAUCCCGGAGCGGACUGUCUCAGCCUGUAUGGUGUGAGAGGCGCCUGAGGAGGGAGGCAGCCAUGAAGCCCCCAGUCAAACCCUAGAAGUUGUCUCGGGAUCACACCCUCUACCACAAGGAUGGAAACUUGGACUAUUUGAGGAGUGAAGUCAAAGCAUAGCGGUUACAUCAAUUCUUGUGGAAUUUUUAUGACAUUUUCUUUCUCGUAAGAGACAAAAACAGAAAACAGAAGUGAUGGCCUAGUUCCCCACAGUAUCAUCCUCAUUCAGUGUGAAUCCUUGCUGUUUUCAGAUGGAGAAUUUGAAGGUUAACACAGUGAUGGAAAACCAUUAGAGGAAUUACCACGAAGUUUUAAGUGACUAAAAUAAGCAUUUUAGUUGCCUAAAAAAAUACA